UUUCAAACUCAAACAUAACAAUGAAUUAGAUCGUUGAAAAAGGCGGGGACAUGAAAGUUGUUUACUAAACAAGGACGACUGAACACAUCAUGGAUAAGGAUACAUUUCAGCUACAAUCGCUCCUUUCAGAUGUUACAUUUUUGUCACUUUCUUUUGCUUCGGGAUUAGCACUAAUCGGGGUUGUAACGGGAUUUUAUCUCGGUAAAUCUCGAGGGCAACAAUGUAUUCUAUCUUGGCUAGUUUACAAUGCUCUGACACAUUUUGUAUUGGAGGGAGCCUUUGUCUGUUUCUCUUUGAGGGGAACUGUCAACAGCACUGAUAAUUUUUUGGCAACAAUUUGGAAGGAGUAUGCAAAAGCAGACCAGCGUUGGGGUGUGUCUGACCCUACAAUUGUGUCGCUUGAGAUCCUCACCGUGGGGCUGGCUGGGCCCCUCGCCCUGCUGUUGUGCUACGCCAUUUUGCGGGACCGACCAUACCGACACUUUGUACAGAUCAUUCUAUGUGUUUGUGAGCUGUAUGGAGGUUGGAUGACAUUUUGUCCAGAAUGGCUACAGGACAGCCCCAAUCUGCGAACAGACAGCUUCCUCUAUCUCUGGGUCUACCUUGUCUUCUUCAACAUAUUGUGGGUGGUUGUCCCCCUUGCUCUGCUUGUCCAGUCUUAUCGAGAUCUCUGCUUUGCCGAGGUUCAGAAAACUGUCAUCACCGAAACAACAACAACGAAGCUCAUCACACAUAAAUACAACACAAGGUCCAAAAAAAAUGAUUGAAGAUACUUUGUAUGUGGUUCUGGUUUCAUAAAUAUAUUUUUUGUUUUUAUUUUUAAAUGAUAAUGAAAUCCAAAAUCAAAUUGCAAGUGUUAUUUAUUAUUAAACGUUGGUGACAUAAAACAGUGACAUUUUAUACAUUUUUAUAAUAAGUAUUUCAAGUGACACUUUACACAAUUUGUUUAGGAAAAUCUUAGUAGAACCAGAUUUGUUGGUCUUUUCUCAUGAUCAGCGUGUGUAUUAGUGUAAUAAGGGAGUUAAAAAUAUGGUUCUGCACUAUCACAUGGUACAAAGUGGAUUAGCUGUUUAGUUGUGCUCAAGUUAGAUGUAAUAGUUAGCCUUGUUGUAUUGUGUUUUUAUUUAUGCAUGAGAAUUAGAAAAAGUGUUUGAAGGUAUGAAUUUGAAUGUACCAUUUAAUAGUCUCUUAAAAAUCAGGUGCCAGUUUCACAAAUGUUUCUACGCUUGGAUGAAAUUUUCCUGUAGGAAUGCAUUUUAACCUUAACUAAGCUUUCUUAUGAGAUUUCUGAAGUUAAAGAACAAACGUUUGCAAUCACACCUUCCCAUGCUCUUUUGAAGCAUAAAAUUAGAAAAGAAAAGCCCUUCAAUUAUUAUUAAAUCCAAUUAUGUAAAGGUAAAUAUUUGACAAUCAUAUAAUUAUGAGAAAAUCAAAGUGUACUACAAAAAUAAUGUGAUAUAAAUUAAUGUAAAUGAUUAAAUGCUAAGUAUGUUUUGAACACAAACAGUAAUUGAAAACUUUGCAAGCUUUCCAAAAUAUCUGUUUCCAGUAGUAAAUGAACACUGAUGAAGGGAGCUAUAGGUUAGUGUGUAAUACAGCCUAGUUUUGUGUAAGUGAAGGUUGUAAUUGUGACGUAGUAUUAAUAUUAAAUCAUCAACUUCUGUAAACAUACUUAGUUUUGGGCAUUUAUAUUUUAGAGAAUUAUCAUAUUUGUCAGAUGAGGGCAUUGAUAAAUUGGGGCACUCACAAUAUAUACAAUAAUAAACAAUAUGUGGAAUCUUCAUAAGCCCAAUAUAUGGAGCUAACAAUUGGCUAAAAUAGUAUUAAAGCUAAACUAGGUAUGUUUACAGUAUCAAAGUUAAAACUGUUUUACUUAUGGGUAUGUUUUUAAUUUUUUUUUUAUCGUAAAACAUCUUGUUUUUGUGAGCUUGUUAUUUAUGUUUUACUCAAUGAUUAUAAAAGAUUAUAUUCACUAGAAUCGUUUUACUUGUACAUAAUGGUUGUCUAUUUUUAGCUCACCUGGCCCGAAGGGCCAAGUGAGCUUAUCCCAUGGUGCAGCGUCCAGCGUCCGUCA